UGUAUUUCUAAUCUGGGUUGGAUAUAUAAAGACAAGAGCGAAACUCAUAAACAUCUCUCAAACGGACUCCUUCUCCAAACAUCACCAUGACUCGACAGAUCCUGAGCCUGUCUCUUCUUCUCUCCCUGUGUUUGUGGACCCUGGCAGUUGAAGAGGAAUCGUUGGAGGUCAGAUCUGUGGUUUCUGCGAACUGCACCCUUCAGUGCACGGCUCGGUACACGCCUGGAGUCCAGUACCUUGCAGUGAGAUGGUACAAGGUCUCAGACGCUCCGGACCCUGGUCUCUCGGGCCUUCUGAGCAGAAAGCUCCCCAACGGGCCGACCCAAUGGUACGUGGGCGUGCAGCGGGAGAUGGACCUGCAGGGGGGAACCAGAGACAUCGUCCUGCCCAACGUCACCUGCUCAGACCGCGGCACGUACACCUGUCACCUGGCGGGGCCGGUGGGGCAGCAGAACCGGGAGGGGCAGGUGACCCUCACCCUCACAGAUUGUCCCACAGACGGUCCCACCGAAAUGACAGACGCCUACCUGGUGAUCUUCGCCUCAGUGGUGCUGCUGCUUGCACUUUUAAUUUUCCUCAUCAGCUACAAGAGUCUGACCAAAACCCUCGGAGACAGAAGCAAGACGCUGCAAAAAGUAGCUUUCCUGCAUCCAAACAAACCGCUGGAUGAAAAGGACUUACAGUCGAUUAAGAUCCUGGGUCCUAAAGUGUCUAAAGAGAAGCAGCUCUGGGUCUGAAGACCAAGAUGAGGCUGGAAAGAGGGAGUGCCUGAAGACUCCACAAAAUGCCUUCUUUUCAACGUAAGGACCCACACUUCCUGCAUGUUCGCGUCUAUAGGAGCCACUUCAAUUCGGACAGCCUUAGCAGGAGGACCUUCCUACAAACCCACCACACGACUCACGAUGUCUCCUCACAGAAAAGUUGCUUUUAAUCGCAAGUAAUGAUUUUGAAUUAACGAAACCCUUCAAAUUGUAAUCUUCAGUCACGGAUCAACUCGGAGAAAAAACACAGCGAGGUGGAGCAGAAGGUCAGCGAGGUGGAGCAGAAGGUCAGCGGGGUGCAGCAGAAGGUCAGCGGGGUGCAGCAGAAGGUCAGCAGGGUGGAGCAGAAGGUCAGCGGGGUGGAGCAGAAGGUCAGCGGAGUGCAGCAGAAGGUCAGCGGGGUGGAGCAGAAGGUCAGCGGGGUGGAGCAGAAGGUCAGCGGGGUGCAGCAGAAGGUCAGCGGGGUGCAGCAGAAGGUCAGCGGGGUGGAGCAGAAGGUCAGCGGGGUGCAGCAGAACGUCAGCGGAGUGCAGCAGAAGGUCAGCGAGGUGCAGCAGAAGGUCAGCGGGGUGCAGGUCAGCGGGGUGCAGCAGAAGGUCAGCGGGGUGCAGCAGAAGGUCAGCGGGGUGCAGCAGAAGGUCAGCGAGGUGCAGCAGAAGGUCAGCGGUUCCAAAACCCCGACCCCCCGACCCCUGUGUGGAAGUGUCCUGGGAAAAGACCCUGAUCAACAUCCGAUUUGGGAGGAAUAUCUAAUGUAUGUCAUUUAAAUGUUGCUGCUGGUAAGGCUGGAGUCCUUGGAAGAAACACUGACCCUUAAUCUGCUCGCCUUGCAUCGAUGCCGUGUGUGUGUGUGUGUGUGUGUGUGUGUGUGUG